AUGGAUGUGAUUGUACCUUUGACUGGGCUCUUGCUCACAGCCCUCCCUGGUGCCUCCUCAAACUCGCUCUCGGAAGUGUCCAUGUGUGAGGAAAGGCUGGUGUCACUGUCGAACUCGAACUCGCCCUCGACAUCGUCAUAUUCGUCAUGGGAUCCGCGAUGCGUGAGGCGGAAUCCUGAAGGGAGUCAGAAUCUUUCCACUGUCACACAUGGGGACUCCAUUGAAUGCUUCGCAUCUGCACAUCGACUUCAACCCCUCCACUGGGCCCAUGUCUGGAACAACACACAUCAAUAUUUUGAACGCAAGGACCUCUCCGAGAUUCACCCUACAUCACCAUUCACAAUCGGCCAUAACCGCGACAACAACCCAUGUGCGGCUCAAUCUGGCAAGGUCACGAUGACUCUUGUUGAUGUCAACGGUGUCCAUACAACUCGCGUCUCGUUCUGCGACUGUCAAGGGGUUCACGAUCGUGUUACCCAACUGAUGAAGUCGGGUUUCUUCCCAGCAACGCUCUCCCUCCCGCGAACUGCAUUUACUUUUGCUGUCCUCCGCCAUUUUCAACUCCUUCAGCUAGAGGCCAAGGCCUCCGCAUACGACUUCUGCACAGCUCUACGUCGCCUGUCGGAUUUUGCAUUCACCAAGCGCAUCCCUGACAUCUACCCCCAGUUCGUCGUUGUCAUGCAGAUCUGGCGGGUCCUGAUGGCUAUCCAAGACUCCGGACAGGCUCAUGGAAUCAACAAAAUUCUCCACAAUCGCCAACCCGGGAAUCUCAUUGUUCAUUGCCCAGUCUGCCCAGUGUUGACAGACGGCAAUGGGAGCAACACUCCUCACGCAUUGAGGCAUUUACAGCUUACUGCUGACGGAAACCACCACGCCAAUUGGUACUUGAAGAGCACAGACCCUCUCAGCCGCUCCCUCUUCAACGGACGUGCCUACUUCCCUCGGGGCGACGAGUACAAGACAUAUUUGCGUCGGGUCAAUAAUAGUGAGGCUGAGCCUGUACUGGCAGAGCUCAUAGGGCGAAAGCCUAACCAACUAUAA